AUGGUGUGCAUUCCUUGUAUCGUCAUUCCAGUUCUCCUCUGGGUCUACAAGAAGUUUCUUGAACCGUAUAUCUAUCCCGUUAUCGCCCCUUUCAUAAAACGUGUCUGGCCCAAGCAAGCUGUGCAAGAAACAACAGCCACAAAACAAGGUCAAGGAGGCAGCGCUGGAAAACCACGGGUGCCUUCAGCUGCGAAAGGAGAUGAAGAGGAUGAACCUGAAAUCUAUAAAUUUGAAAGCAACGGUGUUGCAAAUGGAAUUGCUGUAAAGAGAUCCACAGAAGUUUCUGACAAGAAAAUGGAUUAA